GGUUCCUCCGUGUCAUAUGACCAGGGCUGUCAUUUAUGUCAUUCAGCAACAGCUAGAAAAGCACAUCGACCAACUUUAGCUUUCUGAGGCUUCCUGUUCUUUAUCCAACGAUGGCAACAUUGGUGGCAAACAGGCCGAUGGACGUCAAUGGCUUGGCAGCAGCAGCGAGGACACACACCCAGGCUGUGACAAGAAAUUACAUCUCUCAACCUAGGCUAACCUACUCUACUGUGUCGGGUGUAAAUGGACCUCUGGUGAUCCUGGAUAAUGUGAAGUUCCCCAGAUAUGCUGAGAUUGUUCACCUGACCCUGCCCGAUGGCACCAAGAGGAGUGGGCAGGUCCUGGAGGUGAUUGGAAGCAAGGCAGUUGUCCAGGUGUUUGAGGGAACAUCAGGCAUUGAUGCCAAGAAGACGGCCUGUGAGUUCACUGGCGAUAUCCUGCGUACCCCAGUGUCGGAGGACAUGCUCGGGCGUGUGUUCAAUGGCUCAGGCAAACCCAUCGACCGCGGGCCCAAUGUUCUGGCUGAGGACUACCUGGACAUCAUGGGUCAGCCCAUCAAUCCUCAGUGCCGUAUCUACCCUGAGGAGAUGAUCCAGACUGGUAUCUCAGCCAUCGAUGGCAUGAACAGCAUUGCCAGAGGACAGAAGAUCCCAAUUUUUUCUGCUGCUGGGCUGCCCCACAAUGAGAUUGCUGCCCAGAUCUGUCGCCAGGCCGGCUUGGUGCAGAAGUCCAAGGAUGUGAUGGACUACAGUUCUGAUAACUUUGCCAUUGUGUUCGCAGCCAUGGGGGUCAACAUGGAAACUGCCCGCUUCUUCAAGUCUGAUUUUGAGGAGAAUGGCUCCAUGGACAACGUCUGCCUUUUCCUCAACUUGGCCAAUGACCCCACCAUCGAGCGUAUCAUCACCCCUCGCCUGGCCCUCACUGCAGCGGAGUACCUGGCCUACCAGUGUGAGAAGCACGUGCUGGUCAUUCUGACUGACAUGAGUUCCUACGCUGAGGCUCUCAGAGAGGUCUCUGCUGCCCGAGAGGAAGUGCCCGGCCGUCGAGGCUUUCCUGGCUACAUGUACACCGAUCUGGCCACCAUCUACGAACGUGCCGGCCGAGUGGAGGGCAGAAAUGGCUCCAUCACCCAGAUCCCUAUUCUAACCAUGCCCAAUGAUGACAUCACCCAUCCAAUUCCUGAUCUGACUGGCUACAUCACAGAGGGCCAGGUCUACGUUGAGAGACAGCUGCACAACAGACAGAUCUACCCACCCAUCAAUGUGCUGCCCUCGCUUUCCCGUCUGAUGAAGUCAGCCAUUGGCGAGGGGAUGACCAGGAAGGACCAUGCUGACGUUUCAAACCAGCUGUAUGCCUGUUAUGCCAUUGGUAAGGACGUCCAGGCUAUGAAGGCUGUGGUGGGAGAAGAAGCCCUCACCUCUGAUGAUCUGCUCUACCUUGAAUUCCUACAGAAGUUUGAGAAGAACUUCAUUGCUCAAGGCCCGUACGACAACAGGACCGUGUAUGAAACCCUGGACAUCGGCUGGCAGCUGCUGCGAAUCUUCCCCAAGGAGAUGCUGAAAAGGAUUCCUCAGAGCACCCUGGCUGAAUUUUACCCCAGGGAGUCUGCUGCCCGUCACUGAGGCACACUAAGGAAUGCCCUGGUUCUAGUCCCAUUCAUCUUUUUACCCACCAUCUUCCUCUCCCUCUGUUCAUUUCUUUCAUCUUACCCUACAGCCCUACACCUCAGGGGGCUCGGAGACCAAAGUUGUCGAGCCUUCCCCCAUCCCAAACCUCACCUCUUUCUCCACUGUUCUUAUUACCCCCAGUUCAUCUUCUACUGAAUCAACUCACCCCCACUUCCCUACGCUGAAUGAGAACCGGGUAAUAAUAUUUCUGUAGAUGUACUGUAGUGUAUACGUGUCCAGAAGUUGUGUAUGGAAAGUGUCUGUGGUUGUAAUGUCCAUCCCCUUGAUUGUGAAAAAAAAAAUAGUGAACAUAUCCUUAAAAUUAUAGAUGAGUCUUUAUUUAUUGGGGUGUGUUAUUACUGCAUCCCCCUCUUCUUCUUUUUAAUAAAUGAUAUGUAAUAUCCAUAUCCCACUCAAAACAAGAGGUUUCCAUCUGAAGAAAGAUGUGUGUUUACAUACGGGGGAUGGGGGUAUACAUAAGUUAGGUGAAGCUCAUACAGACUGCCAGAGAUGUUGCUGUAAGCCUGCAAGCUUCAAAAACUGAACAUUAUAAAUGUCAUCAUAUUGGUAUUUACCUGAGGGGGAUUUUAUAGUGGACUACUUAAUUUCUCUAUGCCCUAUGUCAGUGGCUUCAAGUUGGCUAAUACUUUUUCUUUUUUUUUGCUGAGGAGAGCAUCCUUAGUAAACAGACAAACUUCAGUUCAGAUGUUUACUGUAUGUUGCCCGAGUACUUUGACUCUUUCUUCCCUCUUACUCCCUCUACCUACUCUGGAAGGAAUAUUGUGGAUGUUUACAAAUAUUUUGUGUUUUGUUGUUUGAUUUGUGUUGCAAAGACAAGUAUAUAUGAUUAUAUUAAACAUUCCCAUCUGUCUGCAGAAACUAAUUCUUUGUUGUGCAACAAUAAUGGUUUUGUGAGGUAACGUGUCCAUGAAUAAAUUAAAUUAUACGAGUA